CACACACAGACUGUCUCCCUCAGCUUCAGGACUCAUCCACAGAGCAGCAGGGGAGCUGUCAAUGAGACACACUCGGAUAUGUCGCUUUUAAUCCGCUUUGUGACUCUUCUGGCCCUAUGGUGUCCCAUCAGGGCUCAGUUUCCACAGUUCCCAGAUGUGUGCACGGAGGGCAGCUGUUACCCCGCCACAGGUGACCUCCUGAUCGGCCGCGCGCACAAACUCGACGCCUCCUCUACCUGCGGAGUGAAGCACCCGGAGAAGUUCUGCAUCGUGGGGCAUCUGGAGGAGGAGACAAAAUGUUUCACGUGUGACUCCAGCAGAAUGUACGACGAGGACAACAACCACGUCAGCCACACCAUCGAGAACGUGGUCACCACCUUCGCCCACAACCGCCUCAAGACCUGGUGGCAGUCUGAGAACGGAGUGGAGAACGUCACCAUCCAGCUCGACCUGGAGGCCGAGUUUCACUUCACACAUCUCAUCAUGACCUUCAAGACGUUUCGUCCGGCCGCCAUGAUCAUCGAGCGAUCGAUGGACUUCGGCAGAUCCUGGCAGGUGUAUCGUUACUUCGCCUACGACUGCGAGUCGUCUUUCCCCGGCGUGUCCUCUGGGCCGAUCUACAAAGUGGACGAAAUCAUCUGCGACUCCAGAUACUCCGACAUCGAACCGUCCACGGAGGGAGAGGUGAUAUUUCGUGUGCUGGACCCAGCCUUUGAGAUCGAUGAUCCGUACAGCCUGAGGAUACAGAACAUGCUGAAGAUCACUAACCUCAGGGUGAAGUUCAUGAAGCUCCACACGCUCGGCGACAACCUGCUCGACUCCCGUGACGAGGUGACGGAGAAGUACUACUACUCCCUGUACGAUAUGGUCGUUCGUGGAAACUGCUUCUGCUACGGCCACGCCUCCGAGUGUGCGCCGAUCGACGGAGCCCCGACCGGAGCGGAGGGCAUGGUCCACGGUCGGUGUGUGUGCAACCACAACACAGAAGGACUGAACUGUGAACGCUGUCAACCUUUUUACCACGACUUACCGUGGAGACCUGCGGAGGGACGAAACACACACGCCUGCAAGAGGUGCGAGUGUAACCAUCACUCCAUGGCGUGUCACUUCGACAUGGCCGUGUUCAAGACGACCGGCAACAUGAGCGGAGGCGUGUGCGACGACUGCCAACACAACACGGUGGGCCGACAGUGCGAGCAGUGCGCCCCCUUCUACUUCCAGCACCCCAACAGAGACCUGCGGGACCCCAACGUCUGCGAGCCGUGUAACUGUGACCCAGCGGGGUCUCUGCAGGGUGGACUCUGUGACUCGAGGACUGACGUAGCAGGCGGGCUGAUCUCAGGUCAGUGUCGGUGCAAAGCCAACGUGGAGGGCGAGCGCUGCGAUCACUGCAGACAGGGACACCACGGGCUGGGACAGGGGCCACACGGCUGCCUGCCGUGCGCCUGUAACACGGUGGGAACUCUUCCUGGAGGAAACACCUGCGACUCCAUCAGCGGAAGUUGCUUCUGCAAACGCCUGGUUGACGGACCUAACUGCGAUCAGUGUAUUCCUCAGCACUGGGGUCUGUCCAACGACAUGGACGGCUGCAGACCGUGUGACUGUGAUCAGGGCGGAGCUGUGAACAACAACUGUAACCCUGGAUCAGGUCAGUGUGUGUGCAGGGAGCACAUGUUUGGACGACGCUGCGAUCAGGUGGAGUCCGGCUUCUACUUCAUCGCUCUGGAUCACUACACCUACGAGGCGGAGGAGGCCCAGCACGGACCUGGUGUGACGGUCGUACCCAGGCCGUACCCUCUGGAUCGUAGUCCGACAUGGACAGGUAUGGGGUUCGUGAAUGUGCCUGAAGGAGCUUACCUGGAGUUCAACAUCGACAACAUCCCAGAGUCCAUGGACUACGACAUCCUAGUUCGCUAUGAGCCACAGCUGCCGGAGCAGUGGGAGCAGGUGAGAGUCCGCGUCCAGCGUCCCGUCUUCAACCCUCCAAACUACUCUGGUCACUGCAGCAACUCCAUCCAGAGCGGAGACGAGCAGUUCAUCUCUCUGCCUCCUGGAUCCAGACACGUCCUGCUGCUGAGGCCGGUCUGCUUCGAGAAAGGACUGAACUACACGGUCCGUCUGACUCUGCCGAUGUACUCGUCCAUCAGCGACAUCCAGAGUCCGUACACGCUCAUCGACUCGCUGGUCCUGAUCCCGCGGGUCAAAGAGAUGGACAUGUUCCACGGGAAUGACGGUGAGGGAGCGUGGGAUACGUUCCAGCGUUACCGAUGUCUGGAGAGCAGCCAGAGCGUCGUCAAAAGCCCAAUGACCGACAUCUGCAACGACUACAUCUUCAGCGUCUCCGCUCUGCUGCACAAAGGAGCGAUGGCCUGUCAGUGUGACCCUCAGGGUUCGAUCAGCGCCGUCUGCGACGCCAGCGGAGGUCAGUGUCGCUGUCGUCAGAACGUCGUCGGGAGGAACUGUGACCACUGCGCUCCGGCGACGUACCUGUUCAGCCCGGCCGGCUGCAGACCGUGUGAGUGCGACCUCGGCGGCUCGGUCAGCGCCUUCUGCCACGAGGCGACCGGUCAGUGUCAGUGCGUCCCCGGGGCCACAGGACGCCAGUGCUCACACUGUCUGCCCGGCUUCUGGGGCUUCCCUCAGUGCAGACAGUGUCAUUGUAACGGACACAGCGAGUACUGCCACCAUCAGACCGGAGAGUGUCAGGGCUGCAGAGACUUCACCACCGGACACCACUGUGAGAGGUGUCUGGAUGGUUAUCACGGUGACCCCGAGCUUGGAUCAGGAGAUCACUGCCGCCCCUGCAUGUGCCCCGACGGCCCUCGCAGUGGACGCCAGUUUUCAGACAGCUGUUACCUCCAGUCUCAAUCCAGCCAGCUGGUGUGUGUGUGCAGCGCUGGCUACAAAGGUGCCAGGUGUGAUCAGUGCGCUCCGGGUUACUUCGGGAACCCUCUGGUACCCGGCGGUCGCUGCCUGCCCUGUCAGUGUAACAACAACAUCGACAUGCACGACCCCGGGUCAUGUGACGCUCGGACGGGCGCCUGUCUGAAGUGCCUGUACCACACUGAGGGAUACGCCUGUCAGCACUGCGGGCUGGGUUACUACGGCAACGCUGGCACUCAGAGCUGCAGGAAGUGUAUGUGUUACUCGUCGGGCACCGUCCCUCAGGCCUGCUCGUCCCCUGAUGAGUGUCAGUGUAAUCAGCUCAGCGGUCAGUGCCCCUGCCUGCCCAACGUGAUCGGACAGAACUGCGACCGCUGCGCUCCUGACACCUGGAACCUCGCCAGCGGGUCGGGCUGCCAGCGCUGCGACUGCGACCCGAUCCACUCCCUCGGAUCCUCCUGUAACUUGGUAACGGGACAGUGUAUGUGCAAAGCUGGUUUUGGUGGCAAGACGUGUCGGGAGUGCAAAGAGCUCUUCUGGGGAGAUCCAGAGGUCAAAUGUCACGCUUGUGAAUGUAACCGUCAGGGAAUCUCCAGCGAUCAGUGCCACCGUGCGACCGGUCAGUGUACCUGCGUGAAGGGCGUGUCCGGCCUCCGCUGUGACGAGUGCGCCCGAGGCUACCAGGGCGAGUUCCCCAACUGCGAACCCUGCGACCCGUGCUUCGCCGUCUGGGACACCGUGGUCGUCGAGCUGACCAACCAAACCCAACGUCUGGAGGCACAAGUCGCCGAGCUCCAGACGACCGGAGUGACGGCGCCGUAUAAAGAACUCAUCGGCAGCUUGGAGAGAAACAUCAAGGCGGUCAGAGAGAUCAUCGAGAGCAACCCAGCAGGAGUGAAGCUGGAGCAGAUCCAGGAGCUGAUGAAUCACAUCACAGGUGUGAUGUCCUACGUCAACAUCAAACUGAACACAACAGAGGAGGGCCUGAACGAUCUCCACAGUGACGCCAACGCCACAGACGCAAGCCUGGAUGCCUUGAUGGAUGAGGCCAAACAGGUGGAGCAGAGAGCCAAAGACCUGAGACAGGAAGUGUACGACGCCAAGAACGCCAACCUCCAGGGUGCCAUGGACACCAUCUCAGAGGCACACCUGCAGUCCAGAACAGCAGAGAUCCGCGCCAACGCCUCCACCAGCAACCCUGGAAACACUGUGGAGCAGUCAGCCUCACUACGGAAAGCCACCGAGGCCAAACUGAACAGCGGUCAGAAGGAGUUCAACCGCAAGAUCCAAAGAAACUCACAGAAGCUCGACAAACUGUCCGACGAUCUGGAUAACUUCGACCUGACACCUCUGAGUGAGAAGUCAUGCGGUGGUGCAGCUGAAGGGGACAGCUGCUCCGGGUCUCCCUGUGGUGGUUUGGGUUGUGUCGGUGAGGAUGGAGGAUCUCAGUGCGGCGGAGAAGGCUGCAAAGGUGUCGUCACGACUUCCCAAACUGCUCUCAAAUCAGCCAAAGAUCUGGACCAAGAGAUCCUCAACGCCAUGCAGGAGGUGGACAAGCUCUCCAGGAUGGUCUGGGAAGCCAACACCCGGGCGAACAAGGCCAAAGUAGACGCUCAGGAGGUGCUGAUCAAAUCCAACCAGAGCAAAGAGAGAGUGGAGCAAAGCAACGAGCAGCUUCGCAACCUCAUCAAGGAGAUACGAGACCUGCUCACCAAUGAGAAGGCAGACGUCUCCGUGAUCGAGGCGGUGGCCAACGAGGUGCUCGCUCUGGAGAUGCCGACGUCGUCAGAGAAGCUGAAGGAGCUGACGAAGGAGAUCAGGGAGAAGGUCGCCACUCUGACCAGUGUGGAGGACAUCCUCACACAGAGCGCCCAGGACAUCCAGGCCGCUGAGGCGCUGCUCAAAGAGGCCAAGGCUGCGAGUGAUGAGGCGUUGAACAUGAAGGAGACAGCUGAUGUAGUGAAAGCAGCUCUGGAUGAGUCUGAGCGUGCUCAGACCAUCGCCAUGGACGCCAUCCAGCUCGCCCAGAAUAACACGAGGGGAACGCUCGACCUGCUGAUCUCCGUGGAGUCAGAGACGGCUGACUCAGAACUGAAGCUCAGUAACACGACAGGUCGUCUGGUUCAGCUGGAGCGGGAGGUCGGCCUCCUCAGACAGAACAACCUGGAGGUGAACCGGCUCGCCGAGACUGCCGACUGGGUCGCUGACCAGGCCAGGCUGACAGCAGAGGAGGCCCAGCAGGAGUUUGACUUGGAGGUGAAAGACAGAUACGAGGAUGUGAGGGACCAGGUGGAGGAUAAAGGGGAGUCGGUGCUGCAGGCGAAGAGGAAAGCUGACGUGCUGCAGCAGGAGGCCAAAGAGCUGCUGGCUCAGAGCACCAGCAAGCUGAAGAGACUUCAAGAACUGGAGAACUCAUACGAGUCCAACCAGCGAAUCCUGGAGUCCAGAGCCGAAGAGCUGGCCGGGCUGGAGGCAGCCGUCCGCAAGGUCCUGGAGGACAUCAGCCAGAAAGUGACGCUGUACAGCACCUGUCUGGGAUAACCAACAGCUCCUCAGACUCUUUACUGUUCUCAAGUGAACCGGCUGGGAUUCAAAAAGUGCCAAAAGUUUUCAAAUACAGAUCCUCAAAGUGUUCAAAGACCAAACUCUCUGAUGUGUUUGUCGCUGUCGGUGCCAAACGUUGUUUCUGAUUGAGAGUCAGCCAAGAACUUUAACGCUCGGACAGAUGUGCCAAGAAGUGUUUUAACAGUCGAGACCAGCUUCAGAGCUGCCAAAGACCAUAAAGUAUUAAAGUCCCAAAGGGGACCAGUUAAAGCCAAAGUGACCUCAGCGAUAAAAACAAGGAGAGACUAGAGAAUAUAUUACACUGUAUGAGAUAACACGUGUUUAAACCUACGACUGUUUGAUAGAAUAUGAAAGUUUUAUACUAAAAAAGACAAAAGAUAUUAAACAUUAUGAGGACCAAAAGACGGUUCUGUCUCUGACAACAUAUUUUACAUUUUCUUAUCUGAAAAUAAAGCUACUGAUACGCCCAAA